AGCCGGCCUCCUCCGAGUCUCUAGUAGUUUCGGUGCAGCUGACGCAGGCCUGCGCGCACAGCUGGGCCGGGAGCGUCCUACGCAGCAGCCGCGAGCCCGGCAGCGGGUGCCAGACGGUUCCCGGCGGGGUGCAGGGGGCGGGGCGCCGCAGGAGCCCUAGGACUGGGCGGAGGAGCCCCUCGGAGGCCAGCCUGACUACAGACGAGUUGCCAUGGCAUCCUACUACGAGAUCCUAGACGUGCCGCGAAGUGCGUCCGCUGAUGACAUCAAGAAGGCGUAUCGGCGGAAGGCUCUACAAUGGCACCCAGACAAGAACCCGGAUAAUAAAGAAUUUGCUGAGAGGAAGUUCAAGGAGGUGGCCGAGGCAUACGAAGUGCUGUCAGACAAGCACAAACGAGAGAUCUAUGACCGCUAUGGCCGGGAAGGGCUGACUGGAGCAGCAACUGGCCCAUCUCGGGCGGAAGCUGGCAGUGGGGGGCCUGGCUUCACCUUCACCUUCCGCAGCCCCGAGGAGGUCUUCCGGGAGUUCUUCGGCAGUGGAGACCCUUUUGCGGAGCUCUUUGAUGACUUGGGCCCCUUCUCAGAGCUUCAGAAUCGGGGUUCACGACACUCGGGCCCCUUCUUCACCUUCUCUUCCUCCUUCCCUGGGCACUCUGAUUUCUCCUCCUCGUCUUUCUCCUUCAGUCCUGGAGCUGGUGCUUUUCGUUCCGUUUCUACAUCCACCACCUUUGUCCAAGGACACCGCAUCACGACACGCAGAAUCAUGGAAAACGGGCAGGAACGGGUGGAAGUGGAGGAGGACGGGCAGCUGAAGUCAAUCACAAUCAAUGGUGUUCCAGAUGACCUGGCACUGGGCUUGGAGCUGAGCCGUCGUGAGCAGCAACAGUCCGUCACCUCCAGACCUGGAGGCAUGCAGGUGCGGCAGACCCCUGCCUCACGCCCUUCUGACAGCGACCUCUCUGAGGAUGAUGAGGACCUGCAGCUCGCCAUGGCCUACAGCCUGUCAGAGAUGGAGGCAGCUGGGAAGAAGCCGGCAGAUGUGUUCUGAGCUGGAUGUCCGGGAUCCAGAGUCGAUGCACAGUUCCAACAGGACAGCGCCCUCCCCUGUGCGCUGGGAGGGGACCCUCCAUUCCUCUCCCUCACCUGUGUUAAGCAUAGAGCUGGGCCUGGACGGUGGGUGGGGGCCGGGUGGGAGGCGGCAGUAGUCUUAGCCUGUAAACUCUUCACUGGGUGUUUGGUGCUGUCUCUUGGGGACUACUAGUCCCAGAAUGCAACACACCCUGCCUCAUUUCUGAUAGAUCUUGCUGGUGGGAAGCGGUGUGUGGUUAUGGAGCUGUGCAUCUUGGGACAUGUAGUUCCAGCCCAGGUUGGCCUGUCACUUGCAGUGAGAUGGGGAGAUCUUAUCAUUUGAUUUUUCCCUGGCAGAGGUGGUGAGAACGUGGAUGAAGGGGUAAUGGUCUGAGCUUCCAUUUCCCUGACACCUCUCGCUAGCCUCAAGCUUAGAGAGGUCAGAGUGUACAAAUCAAGGCCCCAUGUCACCUGGGAGCAGCUCUUUUCCUGUGGGCAGUACUGGGAUCUGAGGAACAAGCUGGGGCGGGAUCACUGAAAAGCUGAUGGGUGUGGACCAUCCUCUGGGAUGCGUGUGUGUGUCUGUCAUUGUCUGGGGUUGGCAUGCAAUGGGUACUCCAGGCAUGUUGCUGCUUGUAUUGCUUCUACGGCCUCUGCCCCUGCUGCCCAUUCUCUCCACCACCACAGCUGAGCUGCCUCUCCUCCUCCCUGCCUGGGGAGCCCAGUGGCCGGGGAGGGGAGGGCGGCGCCAGGGUGUUGCCAGACCCUGUGACACUGUGUCUGAGAGACCUUUCUAAGCCAGCUGGGCUGAGCUCAUACCAGAGGGAAACACUGGAAGUCAAUAAAGCGGAGUUUUG